GAAAUGUCUAAAGUAUAUUACGGACGUGAUGUUAUUACCGAGAGUCCUGAGGUUACCGAGAGUAUUGAGUCCAUCAUGAAGCCGAAGGGGGGGCAGCUCCGUGUUGACCCGGAAUGGAUUCAGCGUUUGCCUCGACAUCAUGAAGCAAAGCCUUCUUAUUGGAUGGCAUUCACGGCGGCGAUGCUUGUUGGAGCUUUUGCAUGGCUUCGUCGUUUCUGAUUGGGAUGUUGUGUAAAGAAUUGAAAAUUUAGGGAAUU